AUUACAUUUGUAUCUUCCUCUCUCUGAUGAAAUAUCUUUCACACACUCAAAAACCAACCAUCAUCUUCCAUUGAAGAAAUGCUCUCAAUCAUUAUUCUUGGUUCCCUAACCCGCAUGCCCCCUCUCUCUCCUCCACUCUCUCUCUAUAUAUACACACACAACCCUCCCUCUAUAUCUCACACCACAAUUCUCUUCCAUCUCUCAAACUCAAUCCUAUUCGUAUCAAUCAUCUCUAAUCUCUCUCCAUUUUCAAUGGCGGUUUCUGGGUUUGAAGGCUUCGAAAAGCGCUUAGAACUCCGAUUCUCCAGCGACAAUUCCGCCGGAAUGGGCCUCCGGCGGAUAAGCUUCGAGUCGCUGGAGAAAGUGCUCCAUGCGGUGCAAUGCACCGUAGUAUCAGCUGUGGGGAACCACUGCUUCGACUCUUAUGUGUUGUCUGAGUCGAGUCUAUUUGUGUACCCCACGAAGAUCAUCAUCAAGACAUGUGGGACCACUCAGCUGUUGAAAUCUGUCCGUCCAUUGGUGGACCAUGGUUGUGGUGUGGGCCUGACUUUGUGCGGGUGUAGGUACAGCCGAGGUAGCUUUAUUUUUCCCAAGUCACAACCUUAUCCUCACACUAGUUUUGGAGAAGAAGUGCUGUACUUGAAAGAUGUAUUGCCUAGUCAUGUUUGCUAUAGAAAAGCAAAUGUGAUGCCUUCUAAGUUGACUUGUCAUUCAUGGCACGUGUUCACUGCUAGUAAUAAAUCUGACAUGAUAAUGCAAAUGUCUGAGCAGUCAUAUACUGUUGAAGUUUGCAUGACUGAGCUCGACCGAGUGCUGGCCAGGAAGUUUUUUAAGUGUCCUGACGACAAUAAAUUGGGUGAUAUGGCCGGAAAAGUGAUGACGGAGAUGACAGGUAUCGGAGAUAUCAAUCCGAAUGCUAUUUUGUGUGACUUUGGAUUUGAGCCAUGUGGGUAUUCGAUGAAUGGAGUUGAUAGUGAUCGGUACUCCACAAUUCACGUUACACCAGAGGAUGGGUUCAGCUACGCGAGCUUUGAGUGCAUUGGGUCAGUUUACGACGGUCAUGAUGAUCUUGGUAAGGUGUUGAAGAAGGUGGCGCAAGUUUUUCGGCCAGGGACAAUGUCGGUUUCAUCUACCUGUGCUACCGGCCAUGAGGUGUGGACAUGUGUCACCAGCACGCUCGAGCCACUUGGAUUGAAAUGCCGAAGUUGCACGGUGGAUGAAUUCCCGGCCGCCGGGACCGUUGUGUUUCAAACGUUUACCUCUCGCUAGAAGUAGAAGUAGUACACUAAGGCUUUGUUUGGUUGAAAGGUUUAGAAAGAGAUUAGGAAAUGGAAUGGAAAAAGAUAAGUGAAAUAUGAAUAAAAUAUAUUUAUAUUUCAUUUAGUUUCACAUACAUUUUUUAUUUUUUUUUAAAUUUAUUCUCAAAUCUUCUAACCAAAUACAACUUAAGAAUUACACGAAAGAGAUUCAAAAGAGAGGGACAGUAGAGUGUCUUUUAGGACUAAGUAAUUUUUUUUUCUUUAAAUGUUUAUCUAAAUGCACAAUCAACCAUUUAAUUAUAUGACAAUUUUGAUGGUUGAAAAUGAAUCUGAGGUAAAAGCACAAAAGAUCAGGUAUCUCGUUUUUUAAAUCUAAUUAGUUGAUUUUUUAUUUAUUUAUUAUUAUUUAAGGUGAUGGAUGGAUGACUUGGAUUGCAUGAUGCUUGGUGAUGUAUGGUAGAUGAUG